CUAGUGUUCAAGCUUUCGUAAACACUUUCCUGACGGCCAAAUUUUAGUCAAUUGAAGGCCGUUUCACCUCAAAAUAGCAAAUUACGAGGUAUGCAUUUUUGUCGCAGCUGCCCUCUGGUGGCUGGGUUUUACGUUGAAUCAACAGUGCACAUGUGACCGUGGCCUUAUCUGCCUUUGUGGCUUUGUCGGCGAUGCAGCGGCGGAUGGCCUUGGGCGCUCAGAGGGGAAAACCGGCGGAGCACCGCGGAGCAGACCCAGCAGACCCCAAGGAUCGGUAGAAGUGCGAUACGGCCUUGGAAGUGCGUAGUGCUUAUGUGCUGAUGGGGUUGGAGUGUCUCGCAUGCUGUUGGCCGAUCCCUCCAGCUGACGGUGGUGGUAGAACGUCCGACAGCGUCUGCUCAGCCAUGGGCAACUCCAACUCCAGCGAAGAGAACCGCCGGCGCUCCAACCGCUCCGGCUACAGCUCUGAAUUCGGAGUUGAGGUGACUGGUGACAUGCUGGAGGAGCAGAGGCGCAUUUUCAACCAAAUCCAAGCCGACGACAGGCGCAGGGCGGAGGAGCUUCGCGAGAGGCAACAACAGCAGCAACAACUGGAAGCUGAGCGCGAGCGUCAGCGGCGGACGCUGGCGCUGCCCACACCAGUGCCGUCUGCACCGCCGCCGCCCGCACCGGCGCAGGCGGGCAUUUCGUUGCCCCAGGUGUGCUACCGCCACAACACACAGCAGGGCUGCGCCAACGCCCGCUGUCGACGGCUUCACGUCUGCCGCCUGUUUCUGGCGGACAUCUGCAAACAUGGCGCGAACUGCCGCUAUGGACAUUCGCUGACCACCGUGUAUAACCAGGUGGUCUGCAAUCGCUACAACCUGGACACCAGUCGGGAGCUAGCUUCCAUCCAGAAGCUGAGGCGCGCCUUCGACGAAAACGAGGAGCUACCGCCGUCUGGGUAUGCCAGAAACCUCGAGAGAUGCUUCAAAUUCGGCUCCAAGACCUCGUGUACGCUGAGUGACUGCAACAGAAUCCAUAUCUGUAGGCGGUUUAUCGCCGGUACCUGCGCAAGAACUAACUGUAAGUUCGGACACGAUCUUCACACCACGCACAACAACAGCGUGCUGAGCCGACACCGUGUGACGCGUAUGAGAGACAGUGAGAUUAUCGAGCUACUGCGUCAGAAGGAGAACCCGGACGGCCUACAGGCUGGCGGUGCCGCCGCUCCCUCGGCUCCCAGUGUCAACUCUCGUCGCCAGCAGUCUGCCAAGCCCGCCGGCGGACCGAAUCAGAAGAAGACGGGCGGCGCGACGGCUCCGGCGUCUCCGGCCGGCAUCUCGGACGAGCUGCAGUGUCCCGUCUGUCUGGACAUGUUCAACAGAGCCACCACGCUCGGCUGCGGCCACACGUUCUGCGCCCAGUGUCUGGAGGAUACGCGCCGCUCGAGCGACAACAAGUGCCCCAUGUGCCCCAUGUGCCGGGCGGUCAUCACAUCCUCCACGCACUCCGUCACCCUCGACAACAUCAUCAGGAGCGUGCUGGCCAGCCAGUGAGGAGCGGCCGGCCGGCCGGCAACCGGACCAACUUCGCAAGGAACGCGUUGGUCUGCCACUGAGGAGCGUCUGCUCUAAAACUUUCUUCGGGAAUGAACGAAAAAACGAGGAGGCACGCCGGUGAAGGAGUUGCGGGCAUGCACAACUUAAUCGAGAGUACGGGACCAUCUAGAAACGAGGCCGUCAUAACAUAACCAAGAGAACGGUGACCGAUUGACCCAUGUUGGUUACUGGUAAUACCGUGAAUUGCAGCAUUAGAAUCAACCGGGCAGUGAGCCAGGCUGUGAGCAUCAAUGAUGAUACGUGGACUUUCACAAGGCAGGGAGUAGGGGAUACGCCACUAUCUGUACGAGUACUGCCAUGUACUGCUUUUGCCGGGAUGCUCUCGAAGAUGCAUAGUACGGAACGCACUUUUCUUAUUUCUGAUAGCACGUAUUUGUAGCUCAGUGUUGCUUGGGCUGGCUUAAAUGCUUUGGUGCCUUUGGCGAGUAUGUAAGAUGUUCGUCUCUUGUGAUAGAGGGCAGUUCGAUGUGAAGUGCCUGAGGAGUGGCCAGUAUUGUUGCAGGUCGCGAAGCCGGAGGAAGGUCAAAGCGAAGGGUCUGAGAAAGGCAUCACUUGUGUAAUAGUGUCUUCUGGUGUUCCGAGCUGCUACACUAUUUAUACGGCUUCGAGCCUAGCCAGCGGUUGCUGAUCAGUAGUUGCGGAUUUCGCUUGCUGUUGGUUACAGCGCUAUUGUUAUCCCAGAUUUCGUGGAUCUAAUGAGAAAGCUAACGGUUUCGUUAUGCUGACGUGAGUUGGCGCUAUGAGUUGUCUACAGCCCAGAUUUUCGUCCGAUAUUUUGUGAUUUUGGGCGAGCAGCUCGCGGUUGGCUUCCGGCUACUAAGUUCUUGUCGCCUUUCUGGUCAAUUAUAUUGUUGUUGCGACUAGCCUUCUAGUUGCGACAUGGUUAUGCAUAUGGAUGUUGUGUCGUUUACUCCGUGUGUGGAUCCCUUCCGCUAUCCUUGGAUAAUACAUUUCAAAGCAACAA